AUGGCAGGCGCUUUUCCUCUCUUCGUCUUCGCUCUCCCGUUCCUCUCCGUCUGCGCUCUUCGACUCGCUGCUUCCUCGUCUUCACAGACCAACUAUUCUCCCGCGUCCUCUCUCUCUUCUCAAGGGUUUUUCCCAGUGGUCUUCGCCGUGGCGGGGGCGCCGCCUGCGCGCCGCUACGCUGCGGCGGAGGCGGACGACGGCGGAGGCGUCCUGAACCUGACGCCCACGGGGCUCCAGGCGCUGUACAACAUCAGUCAGGAGCCCGAAGACACGGGGGAGCGGCGGCCGCUGCUUUUCCUCGCGUUCGUCGCCUCGUGGUGCGGGCACUGCCGCACGCUGCAUGCGCCCUUCGAAGACGCCGCGGAGGCGUACAGACACCGCGUGAGGGCGCUGCGCGAGAGUCGGCGGAACGCGCGCGUGAAGUUCCGUCUCCGUGCGCAGCAGGAGGAGGCGGAGGCCGAGCGGCGCGCGGCGCAGGCUGAGGCGGCGCUUCUCGCGCUGCAGACGAAGGCAAGCGUGACCGAAGUCGAGAUUCAGCAGGCAGAGCGAAGCGCCUUACAUACACGCCAGGUGGCCGCGGCGUUGAAGCGCCGCGUGGCGGAAGAGGAGAAGCGACUGGUGGGCGAAGAAGAGGACGCGGAAUCCGUGUAUCCAGACGUGCUUUUCGGCCGCUUCGACUGCUCCACUUCGCGAGAAACAGAGACCAUCUGCAGUUCCAUUUUCGGCAUCGAGCGAUAUCCUUCCCUCCUCCUCCUUCGCGCGCUGCCGAAUCCCGAGGAGGGAGCCUCUCUCUUGGCUUCGCCGCGGGGAGGUGCGGAGGCGCGCGACGGCGCGAUGCGAUCCGCGGCCUCGCCUCUCAUUGCUCAGUUCCCGCCGCGGGCGCCACGCACGCACGCUGCACUCGUCGAGUUCCUCUUCAAGGCGACGGCCGACGCCGCGGGUCGCCGCCCGAUGCCCGCGGCGCCCGCGGCCGUCGAGCGGGAACGCGACGGCAACGCCUUCUUCCCCUGGCUCUCUGCGCGUCUCGCCGGCGAGCCUGUGCGGCUGGUUUCCAGCGAGGACGAGCUCCGCCUGCUGACGUCUCCUUCGGCGUCCAGCGACCUCCGCGCCUCAACGGUCUCCUUCGUCCUCUGCGUGGACGGGGCGCGCGCGACGCUGGGCACCGCGGCCGCUGCCGCUAGCGCUGCGGCGGAGUCGCCCUUCUUCGAGGGCUUGCAUGCGGCGCUCGACGUCUUCACCGAACACGCGCGACGCGAGGCGCUAGAUCGGCACUUUCUAGUAGCCACCGACCCGCGACUCUGCCUCCAGGCGCUGGACGCGCUGCAGCUCCCCGAUGCCUUCCGCACGGCGAGCGCGCGGAAGGCCCUCUGGGGCCGAGCGGGCGGGGGAGACGCGCCUGCGGAGACUGCGGCCGCCGCGUCUCCGGAGGCCUUUCCCGCGGAUGCGACGCACCCCGCGCUGGCGGUCGUGGCGCUUCAGCCCACACUGUACCUGCCGGGGGCGGAGGACCUGGAGCCCAAGGCGCCCGAAGAGACAAGAGGCGCGGCGGGCGCCGGGGGCGGAAAGGCGAAGACGCACGCUGGGCGGCUGAGCGCGCUGCAAGUUGUGCUGGAGGAGGUCUGGCGCGACCAGGCGCGCACGCGGCUGGUGAAGCGCUCGGGCGAGCGCGGGGAAGAAGGUCUGUGUAAUUAUCGCGGGCAAGGCGGCCAGUGCGCCGCCGCUAGCGACGCAGAAGAUCCAGGUCGCAAAGAGGACUUUUGCGUUUCGUCGUCUCUGGGUUUGCUCGACGACGUCGGGUUGAUGCUGAGUCCGCUCUUCACCGGGCCCUUCGAGGCGAGCGCAGAUGCGCCGCGCGCCGACCCGCGGACGCCCGCGUCGCCGCUGGCGGCGUUCCUCGAGUUCUUUCGAAGUCCGGUGCUGCCUCUGGUCUCGCAGGACAACUUUCUCACGCUGCGGGGCGCCCGGCGCCGCACACUCGUGCUGGUCGCCCUCGACCUCGAGAUCCUUGACUGGCUGAGUCACUUCAACUCCGUUGCGCUCGCCGCGUUGUUGAACAAAACGCUGGUUCGCUUGAAGCGAGGCAAAUGGCGUGAGGAGCUUCUUCCGGCCGAAGAUGGCACCAGGAGCACGGAGGGAGAGGCCGAGGCGGCGAAUCGAGCGACAGGCGACGCGCCCAAGUUGGAGUUUGGGGAGGGCGAAGAGAGAGAGGAGGGGGAGGCAGGCGAGCAGGAGAAGACGCGCAGCGGAAUACCGAUCCCGCUGUCCAUUGUCCAGCGCGCGGACCUGAUUCUGAAAGACGAAGAUCUCUCUCUCGUCGACCCCGCUGCGGAGCUGGCGGAGACCGCCGCCGCGCCCGGCACGUGGAUACCCGACGACCCGAACGAAAUGGAGACGCUGCUUCUCGUCGAGAAACUCUGGAAGCUUGUCCGCGUGGCGAGCUGUAUGUACACCGCGGAGCAGCGGCGUUUCGCGGCGCCGGCCGCCGACCCGCAUGCGGCGUCAGGACGCGAGGCCCCGCGCAACGCCUUCGCGCCCGGCAGCCCUGCACUCCCCUCCUUUCUUUUUGGAGUCGUCGAUGGCAUGUUGUUUUCAGACUCGCUCGAGGAGUACGGUGUCUAUACACCCGGGGACCUCCCGGCGGUCCUCGCGUUCCCGCCGCCUGUCGCGCACGCGCGCGAAGACGGUGGAAACGGCGGCGACCCCGAGAGCGGCGAGUUCACCACCUACGUCUAUCGCGACAAAGCGCGGCUGACUCUAGAUUCGCUUUUUCUGGGUCUCAGCCUGCUGGAGAGUGGGCAGCUGACGCCGCAAGUCGAGGGCGCCGCGGAGGACGAAGCGAGGCCGCCCGUGUUUCGCGCGGGCCUUAAGGUGUGGAGGCGACUGAAAGUGUGGUUCCGCGAGCUGCAUCGAGACGCCUCGCAGUCCUGGCCGGCCUUCAUUCGCAUCGUUUUCGGAUUCUGCGCCUUCAUGCUCCUUCUGCUUUUCACGAUGGUGCUUUUCAUCAGCACGCUGUGCUGCGACGGCCCGAACGACGAAGAGCAAGACGACGACCUCUCCUCAGAGGAGGAGGAGGAAGUGGACGCGGAGCUCUCGACAGACGAAGACGGCGACCCCGAACGAAUGCCCACUAUCGAGGAAGUCAAACGCAGAGCCGAACGCAUGCUGAGAAAAAGGAGAUAA